UCCAAAGGAACAGCGGUCUCCUCCACCGUCCCCUCUACCUCUCUCCAGGCCUCAAGACUGCUUGGCCAGUACAGCUGCCUCAUCCUGAAAGAAAGGACUUCAGACAUCUUUCUAGAGCUAGUCAUGGCACAUGAUGCAGAGACCUCCGUGGUCAAGUUCAAGAAUCAGGACUUCAGGACCUUACGGGAUCAUUGCCUGAGGAGGGGUCAGCUGUUUAUAGAUGAUACAUUCCCUGCUGCGGCAUCUUCCAUAGGCGAGAAGCUGCUCAGGGGGAAGCACCUUUCAAAAUUGGAGUGGAAACGACCAACUUCAAAGGAUUUACCCUUCUACCCCCCUCACUUCAUUCUGGAAGGUGCAAGCAGAUUUGACAUCCACCAAGGAAUAGCAGGAGACUGCUGGUUCUUGGCCGCACUGGGCUCCCUGACCCAGGACCCGCAAUGUCUGCAGAAGAUCCUGAUGGACCAAAGUUAUUCGCACCAGUAUGCUGGGAUUUUCCAGUUCCGGUUCUGGCAGUGUGGCCAGUGGGUGGAAGUAGUGAUAGAUGACCGAUUGCCCGUCAUAGGUGAUAACUUCCUCUUUGUGCAUCCUCGAGGAAACAACAAGGAAUUUUGGCCCUGCCUGAUGGAGAAAGCCUAUGCCAAGCUACUUGGCUCCUAUUCCCAAUUACACUAUGGCUACCUUCCUGAUGCCCUGGUGGACCUCACAGGAGGAGUGGUCACCAUCAUCAACCUGCACUCCUCUCCAUUUGACCUACUGACGACAGUGAAGACCGCAAUCCAAGCAGGCUCAAUGGUGGCCUGUGACACCGAAAAUGGGCUGACAGAAGAGGCCAGAGUGAUGGAGAAUGGACUGGUGAGCCAGCACGCAUACACAGUGACUGGAGCUGAGAAGAUUCAGUACCAGGGGGGCUGGGAAGACAUCAUCCGCCUUUGGAACCCCUGGGGCAAGACAGAAUGGAAAGGACGCUGGAAAGAUGGGUCCAAGGAGUGGAGAGAAACCCAUGACCCACGGAAAAGCCAGCUGUAUGAGAACAAGGAAGAUGGCGAGUUUUGGAUGUCCUGUCAAGAUUUCCAGGAGAACUUCUCCUGCCUGUUCAUAUGUAACCAGAUCCCGAUCACCAUGGAUCAUGGAGUCACACCCAAUGAGAGCUGGCGACAAAUGAGGUUUACAAACCAAGUGAUCUCAAGAAACAGAGCAGGAGGACAUGGGAGGGAUAUGCAGUAUCUCUUUAGUGUUCAAGAGCACACUGCUGGGAAUAAUGUUGUGGUGGCCUUCACAAUCAUGCCACAAAGCCUGAAUACAGAAGAGGAGAGAUUUCCACUACAGUUCCAGGUGUUCAAGGUAAGCAUUUUCCAGAAUGCCCAGGGAAGAUUGCCUCCUGCAUUUUUCUCCCCAUUUAAAAGUGCUGCCCAAGGCACAAAGUAUGUGUCCAAGUGCAACCUCACAAGGUCCUUCCACCUGAAUCCUGGUACCUAUGUAGUGGUUACCACGGCAAACGGAAAAGAAGUGGAAUUCCUACUCCGAAUAUUCCUCAAAAUGCCAGACAAGCACAGGGAUCCAAGCAGCAAUUUCAACCUCAGAGCCCUCAAGGAAAGUCUUCCAGAAAAUGGAUCCCAAAAUAGCAAUUCCUACAGAUACAUGGAUCAGGGGCUGGACAUCGAUGCCACCCAACUUCAGAGCCUUCUCAAUCAGGAGUUCCUAACAGGGCCUCCAGGGGACACUUUCUCCUUGGACCAGUGCCAAAGCAUCAUGGCCCUGAUGGAUCUGAAAGUGAAUGGGCGGCUGGAUCAGGAAGAGUUUGCAAGACUCCGAAGUCGCCUUAUCCACUGCCAGCAUAUUUUCCAGAACAUCCAGAGACGCCCUGGAGUUCUCCUCAGCUCAGACUUAUGGAAGGUCAUAGAGAAUACAGACUUCCUUGUAGGAAUUUUCAUCAGCAGCGAGCUGCUGAGUCUCAUGGCACUCAGGUACAGCGAUAGCUCUGGCCGGGUCAGCUUCCCCACUCUUGUCUGCUUCCUGAUACGGCUGGAAACCAUGGCAAAGGCAUUUCGCAACCUCUCCAAGGAUGGCAAAGGCAUCUACCUGACAGAAACAGAGUGGAUGAACCUGGUCAUGUACAGCUGAGGGGAGAAACCCAGCAGAGGGCCCUGGACCAGGACAUGUUCCUGGUGGUCACUCGAGGAAACGGCUGUCCCCAUGGAGCUGUGCCAAAACCCCUACGGUCUGCAGCUAAACCUG